CGGCCUCGGACUGAACGAAGCUUUCAGAGCCGAGAUGAUCUUUGACAUUAAUUUACUCCAUGAAGAAGCGAGAGAUUAAAUAUUCACAAAUGCCUGACUUUGACCUCGAAGGGCAACAUCUUGUCACGACCUGGCUCUAAGCACUGUUGGUGGACAGCCUGGUGUGUCUUGUAGGGGUCCUUCCAGCUUCGGGGAUUCAUUUCAACAUGGCAGCGAACAGCAGCGGCGGAAAGAGUGGAGGAGGAAAGCAGGCUACUCCCUCUCCAGAGCAGGUGGUGGCCACGUUCCAGAGGAUGCGGCAGGAGCAGCGCAGUAUGGCCUCAAAGGCUGCUGAGCUGGAGAUGGAGAUCAAUGAACACAGCCUGGUCAUUGACACACUGAAAGAAGUAGAUCCCUCACGGAAGUGCUAUCGCUUAGUGGGUGGCGUGCUUGUAGAGAGAACAGUUAAAGAAGUCCUGCCUGCGUUGGAAAACAACAAAGAACAGAUAUCAAAGAUCAUCGAGUCGCUCAACACACAAAUGCAGGCAAAAGGGCGGGAGCUGACAGAAUACCGGGAACGCUACAACAUCCGACUGGUUAGCGAAGAUGACAAACAGGGCAAAGGAAACACCAGUCAAGCCAAAGAAAGUGAAGGAGGCGGGUCUAAAAGUGGUGCUGGAGUGCUUGUGUCUUAAUUCCUUUAGCUGUUAGCUGGUAUAUAAUUGUGCUUACGGCAUUUGAGUUUAAGAGAGCCUGAAUAUUGUGAACGACCACAAUUUUUCAAGUCAAUUUAGUAUAUUCCUGAUGUUGCAAUAUGGAAGAUCUCUCAAGUUACACCUAACAAGGCCGAACACCAUGGCUGGCAUUUUUUCAGAAUUGUAGAAUAGACUCACUCAAGUUCAAGUAAGUGGUACUUUCUGAGUAGUAAAGAUGUAAACCUUGAUUUCCUAGAAAUGCUUUGUGUAGGAUAUUAUAGAUCACAGAACAUACACAUAAUCCAAGUAGCUCCACCACACCAAAGGUGUGAAAGCAGAUCAGUGCCCUUUAUAUCACAGUGCUUUUUAAAGAACUGCUUUUACAUUUUAAUGAAUGUUACAUGCUUAGAAUGGAGUCCUGGAUCCCCUCUGCUGCUUUGAGGCGCUUGAGACAUUCAUAUGGGCACAAGGCCCGAGAUCAAACAAGACAUGUCAAACAAAUAUGAUAAUAAAAUUAAGUUCUGUUUUGCAGUUUGCCAA